AUGGCCCUUUCAGAAGCCGAUUCGUAUUACCGCAGCCAAUAUGGGGAAUCAGAACUGAGACUCGUCCUUGUAGGUAAAACAGGAGCUGGGAAAAGUGCAACAGGAAACACCAUCCUUGGUGAGAGAGUGUUUGCAUCCAUACUGGGAGCACAGACAGUGACUACGAUUUGUAAAGCUGGCAGUAGGAUCUGGAAUGGGAAGACGAUUCGAGUGGUUGAUACUCCUGCAAUUUUUAAUCCAAAGAUCUUCAGUACAGACACUUACCAAGAGAUUGGUCGCUGUAUCGCACUCUCUGUCCCAGGCCCCCACGUUCUGGUGCUGGUGACCCAGCUGGGCCGUUACACUGAAGAAGACAAGGAAGCAGUGAGGACAGUACAGGAAAUUUUCGGACUUAAGGCCAUGAGGUACAUGAUCGUCUUGUUCACCCGAAAAGAAGAUUUAGGGGAUGGUUCAUUGAGUGACUAUGUGAGACACUCGGAUAACAGAGAUCUCCAGACGCUGAUUCAAAAGUGUGGCAACCGAUACUUUGCUUUCAAUAACAAAGCAAGUGGAGCAGAACAGAAAGAGCAGGUUAAUAAGCUGAUAGAAAUAGCUGAGAGAAUGGGGUGGGAGAACGGAAACUCAUAUUGUACUAGUGAAUUAUAUGAAAAGGCAGAGGUGAUGUUCAGUGAUGUUAAUGGAAACUUUGAAGAAAAAUGCAGAAACUUUGGAGAAAAAGUGAAACAGCACAUAACAAACCAAAGAGACAUAGCAGAAGCUGAGCAGCGUUGGGUAUUAAACAGAAUUAGGAAAGCAUGUUGUUCUAUAAUUACAAAUAUGAACGUUGCAGGGUGUGCAGAAGGUCAGCAGCGUCAGGCUAUUUUGGAUCAGUGUGCGGAAGGCAACAUUCCAAAGGCUGUUGGGGACAUCCACUGGUGCCUCCUACAUGGGGAUAUGGGUGAGAAAGAGACUGUGCAUGUCUAUCGCCGCUGUGCCAGGGUGCAGCCCCUCUUCUGCUUCUUUCUGAGCUUCUGA